AAGAGGAAGAGGAUGAUCCACAGCCCACCUACAUUAAAGAGGAAGAGGAGGAUCCACACAUGAAAGAGGAAGAGGAGGGAGAGUGUGUUGAAAGGCAGGAGGAGGAUGAUGUCAGCAAGUUUCCACUGACUGUUGUCUCUGUGAAGACUGAAGAGCAUGAAGACAAAGCACCUGAGUCCUCACAGCUUCAUCACAGUCCAAACGUCCAGCGGGUGUCAGCGGGGAGUCAUGAAGAGGAGUGGCACACCAGUGUGGGACAGAAGGAGCUACAGGCCCCCUCCCACAUUAAAGAGGAGCAGCUUCAUGAUGAAGAUGAAGCUCAGUCCUUACAGCUUCAUCACAGUCAAAGUGAGGAGAACAGAGGGGCGGAGCUUGUAAGUCAACACAUCACAGAAGCUGAUGGAGAGCAUUGUGAAGAUAUCAAGUCAGAACCAGACAGCAUCUUUGCUCCACUGUCAGACAUGGACCACAUGAUGUCACACUCUUCUGAUCACAGUGACCACAUCCAAAGACCUUUGGAGAGUAAAAAUGACUCUAAAGGUGAUACGAGACAUCACACUAACAACAAACACUUUGACUGCUCUGAAUGUGGGAAAUCAUUUAGACUGAAGACUAAUUGUACAGUACACAUGAGAACACAUACUGGAGAGAAACCUUUUACUUGCUCCGUUUGUAAGAAGAGUUUCUCCACAAAGCAAAGCAUGACCACACACAUGAGAACACACACUGGAGAGAAACCUUUUCCUUGUUCAGCUUGUGCUAAAAGAUUCAACAAAAAGAAUGACAUGAUAUUACACAUGAGAACACACACAGGUGAGAAACCUUUUACUUGCUCUGUUUGUAAGAAGAGUUUCUCCAGAAAGGAAUGCAUGACCACACACAUGAGAACACACACUGGAGAGAAACCUUUUACUUGCGCUGUUUGUAAGAAGAGUUUCUCCAGAAAAGAUUUCAUGACCACACACAUGAGAACACACACUAGAGAGAAACCUUUUACUUGCUCUGUUUGUAAGAAGAGUUUCUCCAGAAAGGAAUGCAUGACCACACACAUGAGAACACACACUGGAGAGAAACCUUUUACUUGCGCUGUUUGUAAGAAGAGUUUCUCCAGAAAAGAUUUCAUGACCACACACAUGAGAACACACACUAGAGAGAAACCUUUUACUUGCUCUGUUUGUAAGAAGAGUUUCUCCAGAAAGGAAUGCAUGACCACACACAUGAGAACACACACUGGAGAGAAACCUUUUACUUGCGCUGUUUGUAAGAAGAGUUUCUCCAGAAAAGAUUUCAUGACCACACACAUGAGAACACACACUAGAGAGAAACCUUUUACUUGCUCUGUUUGUAAGAAGACUUUCUCCAGAAAGGGUGACAUGACCACACACAUGAGAACACACACCUUCAUCAGAGGUGUCACGUGA